GUGCCGGACCGGAUCAACCGCUGCGGAAGCCAGCGGUGAGGAGUCGUCCACGUCCGGCGGUAUGAAUGCCCCUAAUUAAUUCUAGUGCCAUGACAGUAAUAUUAUGAAUACUGAGGCCGGAGAGCUUCUUGGAUUCUCAGUUCAAGGCUGAGUAGUUGUGAUUCCGCAAGUAGGAGGAGAAGGAGAAGAAUAUUUGUGAAGUUUUCAAGAGAAGUUGCUGCGGAAGGAAACUUUUUCUCCUCAACAGAUGAUGAAGUUGGAGAUGGAAGACAGGGGAGAUGACACAGUUUCUGAUUUGAGUUCUUCUCCGAUGGAGCAAGUUCGGCCGGCGAGGCGGAUGUCGAGAGGGAAUAGAGGAUUGAACGAGGAGCUGCUGAUGAAGAUGGAUGAAUUGGAAGAGCUCUUGACUGUUCAUAAGAUGGCCUCCUUAUCAUGGAGGACUACAGCCGGAGACUUGCAGUUAGAACGCAUGCACAAGGCUAGGGAGAAAAGGCCGGCUCAGAUUUAUCCUGAUCGAUCGCCUGAGAUCGGUAGCGCGGUGGAUUUCGAUGGCAGUUUGGCUUUGAGCAGCAGGGAUGAUCGGGGUUGCAGGUGCAAUACAAAGAAGUUGGAAGGUUUGAGAGGAAGGUUGUAUGAGAAAUAUAUGGAGAAGAGAGAUGCAAAGCUGAGGAAGGAGUGGGGAUUGAGGAGGACCCAGAAGGAAGCUAAGAUGAAGGCCAUGUGGGAUAGCUUGGAACAAAGUCGGGCAGAGUUGAAGGCUCGUUUUGGAACAUCUGAUGAGGGAAAAGAUUUGACUCCACAGGAUUUUCGGCAUGCAGAGAAGCUGAGAUCCUUCGGUGUUCGUUCUGCAAUGAAGGAUGUAGAACAGCAGACGGUAGAGUUCAUCCAGACAAAGCAGGCAGAAAAUCUUGAACAGAAAGUUCAGUAUGUUCAGUUUAAAUUCUAUGAUGAUACACUACUUAGCGAUGGUUCUCCUAGCAGCACUGACUCUAAGAAGCAAUUCUCCAGUAGAAGUGCGUCUUCCUCCACAUCUCAAAAAUCUGUUGCACCCCUUCCCAGACCUCCUAUCAAAUCUGGUUCCAUAAGACGAAGGACUCAGCCUGAAAAUCCUAUAGUACAAUCAGUUUCCAACAAUUCUGACCACAGGAAGGAAGAUAUGAAACCGCUGGCUGGAACUAGCAAGAUAACUGCUCGCUCACAGUUGCGGAGGCAUGCUCGAAGCAUGAGCAUCAGUGAAGGUAUUCAUAUUUUCAAGGAAGAGAAGCCUCCAAGGUCCAAGUCUCUGAGAAAUAUCUCAAUCAGUUCUGGUGAGUUAAAAGACCUUUCGAAGGAGCACAGCGAGCAAACCACUAACAGGUCCCAAAAGAUAUGCGAGUCAAAGCCAUUUCUUAGAAGGGGCAAUGGGAUAGGACCUGGUGCCGGACCUGCUAUAGCUAGAUCGAGGGCCCUCGAAGCUAACAUUGGAGAGGAGUCUGAUGGGUUGGUAGAUCAGUGUGAAUGGUCACCUGACACAGUUAAAUAUAAAGAUGAAGAAGAAUUAGAAAGAAGAUCCAGUGAAGGCAGGGAAACUGGUUUUCCUUCUGACUCAGAUGGUCAGAAAUCAAGAUCCAGCCAAGAAUCAGGAAGUAUUGGUGAUCCCAGACCUGCUAAUGGUGAUGUCUUUACAGCUGUAUCUCAUGCAGAUGAUGAUUCACCUACUGCUUCCAAGAUUAAUGCCUCUGCAGGGAGUAUGGAAGAGUUAUCAGAACAAAAUCCUGGACCUUGGAACUCACACAUCAGAUAUCUGCCUUCCAGUUCUCAUGAGGCAUCGGAUGCUAAUGCUUCGGUGGCUACAAACCAAAUGCAGGAGGCCGAUCCUGCUCGAGUAAGGAAGAAAUGGAGGAAAGCUGAGACACUUGUUCUUGCCACUAAUGCUUCCCGUCAACCACGAAAUGGCAUGGCAGAAGGGCUCAAGAGAUUGUUUAAAUUUGGGAAGAAACGCAAGGGUGCAGAAAGUAUAAUAAAUGUUUCGGAAUCCGUCUCAGCAGCUUCUGGAGCUGGUGAUGAUACAGAAAAUGGCUGUGAUCUGGCAAGCCAAUCAUGGGACGAUCCAAGGAAGUUGAGAAUGGACUACUCAUCUCCAGCUUACCAUGGCCUAAAUGAGGGCAAGGUUUUUCCUGAUCAAGUUCCAUCAUUACAUUGCUCCAGUCCAGGUGCUCCUACAAACUCCAUACUGAGGGAUGGCCACACAUCUGGAAACUCUCCAAAAGCAAGGGAAGUGAAUCCAAGCUUAGGUGACAGAAUGGCGGUCUCCAGCAUCAGCAUAUUCCAACUGUGAAGCAGCAUAAUACACUAAUGCUGGCUUCCAUAUAUGCUAAGCAUGCCAGUUACAGUCUGAAAAAAUUAUUCUUCCAUAGGAUUUGUUAGUAUCGUGUGAUUCAGGGUCGUGGAAAUCAAUUUCGCCCUGUUAUAUCUCAGUUUUGUAUAGUUUAACAGGAAGUUUUGUGUACUGGAGCAAUUCCUUUUGUAGCUUGUAUUUGUCUGUUGGAAAUGAUACACUUGUCAGAUUUUUGAUUUAUACAAAUCAGAAGGGCUUGAUUUCUUCUUCUUA